AUGCUUUCCACCUAUGAAAAGUUGGGAAAAGAGGUGAAGGACUUGUUUGAGGAGCACUACACCAUCGGCCAGGUGAAGAUCAAUGUGAAGAACAAAAUUGACAGUGAUUUAGGUUUUGAAUUCAAUGGCCUGUGCAACACUGCCGAUGAAAACAAGGUGACCUCGUCUCUGGAGACCAAGUACGACAUGUCCGCCUAUGGCUUUCAGACAAACGUCAAGUGGACCACCGACAGUGAACUCAUAUCGGAGUUUGUCAUCAACGAGAGCAGCAACAUUCUGCAGGGCCUCAAGCUGUCCUACCUGGCGAAAAACGCCGUCAUCAGUGGCAAAAAGUCGGGCAGUAUGAAGGCGGCAAUGGAGAACGCCGGCUACAAUGUCACUGCCAAUCUCGAGUUUGAAGGUGAUGCGCCGAAGAUCAACGCCUCAGGCGUGUACAAGUACAACGACUUGCUCUUCGGUCUGAAUGGCCAGGUCGACGUGAAGGGGCACAAGUUCUCGAAUCAAAGCGUGGCCGUGGGCUACGUUCAGGGCGACAUGCAGGCGAUCGCCAAUGU